ACUUCCGGUCUUCUGGGCCUGCGCAAACGGACAAAUAUGGCGGCGGUUUCAAACUUGCGACGAUGAAAGACGACAGAAAACGCUGAAAAACAAUGGUUAAAGACCAGUUUCUUGUCGUCUUAGGUAUCCUUGAAGGUCGCAAGUUUCCAAAGCGUUCGCGGCACCAGAUUGUUGUCGAGGCAAAGUUUGAUGGGGAGCUGCUUUCCACAGAUCCAGUCGACCAUACAGAGACUCCUGACUUGAACACCGAAUUGGCCUGGGAACUCAACAAAAAGUCACUUCACCAACACAGGUUACAGAGAACUCCCAUCAAGCUCCAGUGCUAUGCUGUAGACACACUUACAUCUGCUAAAGAGGCUGUUGGAUAUGUCAUCAUAGACAUCAGACAAGCCAAACAGGAUGAUCCAACACCAAGCCCACGAUGGUACAGCCUUCUGAGUUCCAAGUACAGCAGAUACAAGCCUGAGAUCAGGGCCAGCAUCUCCAUAGAGACAGACAGUGCUGAUAAAAAAGACAUCUCCUUCAGGGCUAAGGAUUCUCCUCCUAGAGAUGACAUUGAUCCACGUACCCUGAAGGCUCGGCUGAAUGAAGAGGAGGGAUAUUAUCAGGUCGGCCCUGCGGACAGGUGUACCCAACACUUUGUACUCUCUGUCACCGUGGCAUUCGCCUCCAACUUGCCGCAGCUUGUUCCGAUGUCCAUGCCCCUUCCUUCAAGAGAAAGUGGGUUCUUCUUUUACUACUCCCUCCUGGGUAACGAUGUCACCAACGAGUCUUUCCACAAUUUGCUGAACCCGGAUUUCCCUGCGGAGCGUGCGUCCGUCCGUGUGCGCAGCAGUGUGCAGGUUCUCCGUCUCUUCCUGGCAGCACAGCCGGGACUACAGAUUCACCUGUGUUGUGGAGACCACUCCCUGGGCAGCACUGAGGUCCCCCUCAACACCCUGCUGAAGUCAGCCUCCGACCUGUUGGACAAACCCGCCAGCCUGGAGGGGUCCUUCGUCCUGAACCCCCCAAACAGGGUCAAGCAGCAGCUGCCACCCGUGGGGGGUGACAUGGUCCCCAGUGUGGGGGUGUCCAUCACACUGCGGCAAGACACUGGGAGUGGAGCCCCCUCUCAGCCAUCAGCUCCAGCCACUCCUCCAAAGGAGCACCCCAUCACACCCAUCCAGCCACGCGAGCCACGGGCAUCUGACAAGAGAUCACAAACACCACCCCCAGGGGAGCAGCCCCCACCCCCUCCCCAGGGCCAUACCCCACCCCAGAGGCUGCCACGUUCCCCACCUGUUAGCCCAUCAAGUGAUACACAGGAGACGGAGCAAGGCCUGAGCAGUUUGGGGGAGGAUGGGAACAGGCGGGAAGAUGAAACAGCUGGUAAACAAGGUAAACGGACAGAGGAUCUAAAGCUGCAAGAGCCAACAUUUCCUUUGCCCACAAAAGUGCGUUCUGAAACCAAGCCUCCAGUUGUAGACUCGGCGCCCAGCUCUGUCACGACAUCCCAGCCGUACGUCUCCAUCCCUCCUGCCGCGCACCACUUCUGUUUCUCCCUGGACCUCAGGAGCAUCCAAGACGUGGAAACUAGCAUGAGUGCUCCACUCUACAUCUUCUUGAGGUACACCUACCCCUUCUUCGGCAGUGCAGCUCCCAUUCUGACCCACCCACCUGUAGAGAUCAGGAGAAACAUGGAGGUGUUGUUGCCGCAGUCUUUCUGUGCCUUUGACUUUGCCUCAACACCACAGCAGCUACAAGACACAUUCACACGACCCCAGUGGUCCUGGGGUUAUCUGUGGCUGUUUUGUCAUUUUGUGUUGGUUUUGUCUGGUCCACACAGCAACCUCAGGAAGGUUGGAGAGGUGUAUGUUGUCAUGACACUGGAGGACCUUGGUCAGGUGACUACACAGCAGAUCCUGAUUGGCUCAGACACAUCUCAGUCUGCCUCAGCGCCACCAGCAACUGUGUCCCAGCCCCCUGCCCCAGUGCCAGCCCCUCCCCCUGCACCUGUGCCCACCCCACCCCCUGCAGAUCCCCGUGAGACAGUGGAGUACCAGAUGGCCAUGGAGCUGGAGAUGUGGAAGGAACAGCAAGAGAACAUGUUUGAGUCACAGUUAAAACAGAAGGAGCUGCAGACCAUGCAGGCAUUGGCAGAGGAAUGGAAGAGAAGAGACAGGGAGAGAGAACUCUUGGUGCAGAAAAAGCUCACAGAAUAUCAACAACUUGAGGAGAAGCUUCGCACAACUCUGGCUGACCUGGAAAGAAGAGAGAAACAGCUGACAUCAGGGGAGGCAGAGGUUGUUCGUAUGAAGGCUGACUUGCAACGGGAUCACGAGCGUACGCUGACGGAACUACGGGAGGCGUCGCGCAGACUGAAGGAGGACUGUGACCAUGAGGUGCAGCUUGAGAGGGCCAAAGUCAGGGAAUUGGAACUACACAACCAGAGACUACGUGAACAGUUGCUGGAGGCAGAGAGGCGUGUACAACAGAAGGAAAAGGACUUUGAUGAGUACCGAGGACAGCAGGCAGGAAAACCUGAGUACAAACUGCAGUCAGAGAUCAACCUCAUGACACUAGAGAAGGUUGAAUUGGAGAGAAAGCUGGACUAUGUGGCAAAGUCUAAGCUCCACUACAAGCAGCAGUGGGGAAGAGCGCUGAAGGAACUAGCCAGACUCAAGCAGAGAGAACAAACCAAUGCUAAGGCUAGGCUCAAGCAGCAACAACAGGAGCUGGAACACAUGCGGCUGCGCUACCUUGCAGCUGAGGAGAAGGAGAUUGUUAAGGCAGAGAAACAAGAGUUGGAGACCAUCAAGGAAGAGCUAACCAGAUUGAAAGACCAAAGGAUCCCCGAGCAGCCGCCGGCACCUGUCCCCGACACCAGACGGGCGUCUGACGGACACCUGGAGCACAUGCAGCCGCUGGUGGCGGAGGAUGACACCUCCAUGAUAGAUGAUCACGUGACCAGACUGAUCGAGGAGCGGGACACGCUGCUGCGGACAGGCGUGUACACACACGAGGACAGGAUCAUCACCGAGCUGGACAGGCAGAUCAGGGAGGCCAUCGCCAGGAAGGGGGGGCAUUAACAAAGACAUGAAAACAAUUGUAUUAGUGUGUAGUUUUUAUGUACGACACUCACUUGAUGCAGCUAACCAUUGUCAAAAAUAUUUUCCAGUUGUAAAAAGUAAUUUUCAAUAUGGUUGUAUUUCUCCAAGAUAGGCAAGUUUGAACAGCUGCCUGUUUCUGAAGAAGUCUUGAUAUGCUUUCCCUGAAGUAUGUGUAUAUACAGACCUGAAAAAUUCCUCAAUGACUAGAGGAGAUUUUCACUGAACAAAGAUUGUACCUUUUAUGAGGCACUAGGGCAACCCUAAUGUACAUUAUCAGACUCUGAAACUGUAACAUAGAAACCAAGACAAAUACAGUCACCUUCUCACACACUGUAAGUGUUAGCACCACAAAUAUGUACAUGUUUUGAAGAAUAGCAGUUAAAAAUCUAUUCUGCUGUUUAAGAAUAUUAGUAAGUCACCAAAGUACACCAGAAUCUGUUGUAUAUCUACUGCUGUUUCUUACAGCUGAUUAUUAUUUUUUGUACAUGUACAUGUAGUACAUUUAAAGUUUUAUGUAUGCAAUGUGUGGUAUCCGUAAACAGGGCUUGAAAUAGUUGUUUUCAAACUUUGUAAUUCGUUAUACUGAUCCUGUACUCUUUUAGCUUGCAAAAUUGCAAGUUCUUUUCAUUCUUCUGCCAGUUGUAACUUGCAGAUGGGUUUGUUGAGCCCUGUUCAUGGAACGAUAUAAUCUUGUUGGGUAAAACAUGAAGGAUCGGGAAAGGGUUCUGGAAGAAAAGCUUACUAACUUCGUUAAAUUUAAAAUGCUCUAUCUACACUAGAUGUUAAGUUUCUUUUAACAGAGAGUGGUCUAAUAAUACAUUGAAUUGAGAGAGAAGUUUGAAAAUGUAAGUACAUGUCUUCUUCCAAACUUCUGACAUUCCAUUCAUUCUACCUGCUCUUACCCAAGAUUUUCUACUGAUAGUUCAAUCACUUAUCUUUUAUGAGAAAUAAAAGUCUCAAAAUUUUG